UUUUAUUGAUUACAACUGCCCUUUGUCCGAGACUGAAUGCAGUAACUGACCAGGAAAACGACAAAAUGGAUCAAAUUGUUUUGAAGACCAUCCACACGAGGCUGCGUAAACAGUGGGGCUACCAAGCAUUUGUCCGGGAGGUGUCUGAGGAUGGUGACUUUACCAGCCUCAAGGCAGCGCGCAAGGCCCAUGAACGGGAAAGAACAGAAAAGAGGUCUAGAGAGAUUUUAGAGGAAGACGACGAUGACCAAUCCCCGACAGACAUAUCAAUCAAGUCUACACAGGGGAAUGAAAAACACAAGGAGGUCCGAGCACAAUUAUUCAACGCCGUAGAGGAAGGGUCCGUUCCAGAGGUGUCCGCUUUAAUCAGUAAAGCCAGGAGUUAUGUCAGUUUACAUCACGCAGACAUGCUUGACCCUUCGAAUGGACAGAACGUGUUACAUUUCGCAUUAAGUAUCCCGCGACUGAAUGUUGUCGAUAUUAUUUUGAGCGACAAAGAAAACGAUGAGUUAUUGAAGCAAGUGUUUCAAGUGCCAAAAAGCACACGAACAGCUUUACAUCAAAUUACAGAUCUCAACAAUUUAAAACUAGCAAAGAAGGUUUUGGAGAAAUUCCCAACCACACGUGAAAAGUGUGACGUCAUCAAACUGGAAACCAUGGUUGACGUCGAAGGGCAAAGGCCGAGAGCAUUUUCUUCGUAUCAUCUCGCAGCUUUCAAGGGAUUCACGGACUUAGUGAACUUGUAUCUGGACGCUGGCAUAGAUGUUAAUUUACUUAACGUAAAGAAGGACACAGCGUUGCUAUGGGCAGCAAGGUGGGGUCACGUAGACACCGUGAACUGUCUUCUUGAAAGACAAGCUGAUGUCAAUUUAGAAAACGACAAGAAAUCGACUGCCCUGUAUUGGGCUGUGCGCUACCAGAAACACGAAGCAGUACGGCUGCUUCUCCGCAAGGGAAGGGCGAAUCCCAGCCAGACCAGGUUAUUGGGACUCGUGGCACCUAUCGUCAUAUCAUCAGCCUUAGGGAAUAACCUAAUAGUCAAGGAGCUCAUCGAUCACGGCGCGGACGUGAAUACCAUUAUUCGUGGAGGCGAGAUGCCUCUCCAUCACGCGGCUAAAGAAGGCCAUGCCGAAGUGGUCCAGACACUGUUGAAGGGAAAUGCAAUACUUACAGCCCAGGAUGAGAAGGGCGACAGAGCUUUAACCCUGGCUUCACAGAACGGACACGCAGACGUCGUCAAGAUUCUUCUCGAUAACGGAGCAGACAUGUAUCAUAGGAACCACUUUGGUAUCGAUGCCUGGCAUACCGCUAUAACGCAUGAGAAUGAUGCAGUUAUUCGUGAGUUGACAAAACAGUACAAUAAACUAUACGAGAACAACAGAACUUUGAAGUCACCUCUGUGUAUUGCUGCUAGCCUUGGUAGAUGUGAGAAAAUAGAGACCCUUAUGAAGUUGGGAUUAGAUCCUGAGCAACAAGACGACGACGGAAAUACGCUUCUGCACCAUGCUGCUGCUAAUGACCAGGGAGAAGUAAUUAAAUUGUUUCAUAAGGUCGUCAGCAUUGAUGCCGGAAACAAUCAGGGAGAGACUGCUCUUCACAUAGCAUGUAGAGAGGGUCAUCAUAACGCAGUGUUAGAACUAUUAGAACAGAAGGCAAAAUCAAACAUCCCAAAUUCGAACGGUGAAAAUGCACUGCAUAUUGUGGCUCUUACUCGUGCUACAACACCUGCAAUAGCCCGCGCUCUAGUGGAACACACCAUCAAGUCUCACGACUGGGAGAGCGUGAAUGCAGUGGAUUCACAAGGUAACAAUGCUCUUCAUAUUGCUGCACGGUUUGCACUGCCGGAGGUGCUUUGGGAGUUUAGGUUUGUCAGAUUUAGAGACACUGAUAUUGACGGAAACACACCUCUUCACGAAGCGGUGCUUUCCGGGAAGGAGGACAUACUAAAGACAGCCCUUGAUAUUUACGAGGAUAUGCAGAGGGAUGCAAAUAUAAACACGCUAAAUAAUAAUUCGGAGAGCGUCCUUCAUCUCACUGCCGACGCGGGAUUCUCGGAUAGCGUGACGAGACUUGUGUUUUAUGGUGCCGACCUUACCUGUGCCGACAGGGAUGGUAAUACAGUGCUGCAUAGACUCGUUAGGUCCUUGGCAGAGGACGAAGACAAUCACGAGGUCAACAUGAAAGUCUUGGAGACUAUUUUGCAUGAUUCAGUAAGAUGGUGGAGCACUGCACAAGGAGAACCUUACCCAAAAGAAACCAAAAACAUCUUUCAAGAAAUGCAGCGAGAAGCACUGGUGACACUGGCCUUUGACUACAGAAAUAAUGACAACUUGUCUGUCUUAGCAUAUGCGUAUAAACUAGGGUCAUACGCAUUUCUGGACCGUUUCCUGACUAUGCCUGACGUCAUGAAGUUUCAACGAGGUGACGAGAUCUACUUUGAUAUUACACAUUUGACACCAUUGACAAGUCGUAGCGGCAACUGGUGUUAUGGUCUUGCAACAGGUAAACACGAAAGAUCCCAUAUAGAACUAUUGAUGUCACUGAACGCCAAAGAACGUGCAUCACGCGUCCUGGACGUGGCGCCAGUGAGGCAGAUCGAGCGGAUGUACACCUUCAUAUGUGCUUGGGCAUAUGCAUUCUUUAUGUUGUUACACAUAAUUUACAUGGGUGUAUUUUCCUAUCUCGGCGUGUCGGUGGCAGCCAAAUUCCGAAAUAUGAACAAUGGUGUUCUUUUGUCCAACACAGACCCCGUGCUGGUGGCAGUCUACGUAAUUGUGCCAAUAGAGCCCGCCAUAGCAAUUGUACACACGAUGGGGACCCUGUGUAAGACUUUGUACCGGAAGGAGUCGCUCAAAGGGAACUCUGUCAUCACAAAGUUUGCCCUUACCCUGUUCGCCUGUUUGACUUUGGCCUGGAUUGGCAUGGUUGCCCGGCGGGACACAAACCAGGAUUACGUUCUGGCGAUAAGCUUGUGUCUUGGCUGGAUGAAUUCAAUAGCACUGACGAGAGGCUUCAAAGGUAUUCAUUACUUCUUCAAAAUGUUAGUCAACAUGGUCGCAAGAGAUGUGCUUCGCUUUCUGGUGGUCUUUUCCUUUGUGCUCCUAGCGUUUGGCUUUGCUCUUCAUGUUGCGUUCCAGAUAUCUCCCGAUAUCGCGAAUACUUACUCGGACCCAGCUGAGACUCUUUUCAUGACCUUUAACCUUAUGAUCGGCAUGGCAGAACUAUUUGAUGACAGUUUCGAAACCGGGAUGUCGGGAGUUGGUCGUUCAGCGACAUUCGCUAAGGCGAUAUAUCUUGUAUAUAUCUUAUUAUCGACAAUUGUUCUGUUGAACCUGCUCAUAGCCAUGAUGAAUGACUCGUAUUCAGAUAUUUUACUUCAUCAGAAGGUCAAUUGGCGGGUAGAAUCCAUUCAAAUAGCCAUUGGCGUUGAGCAUCUCUUUCCAUGGUUUCCAUCCACUUUUGGUAAAAUCAAAAUCAGAAAAGAAGCACUGCAUGCAGAGGGAAAACUAGCAGAAAAAGAAAGAUGGUAUUUAGUGACAACGGAAAGUGAUCUUUUGGAUUAUGCUCCAGAGUCCAACACUAAUAACACAACAGAACGAAUGACCACAACAUGCGAGGAGAAAAUACACGAGGUUGAAAACCGGGUACAAAAUAUUGAGCAACAAGUUAAUGAAACGAGUCAGAAAUUGGAAGAGGUCAAAGAACUAGUUCAAAAUAUAAACAAUAUCCUUACGAGAUCAAUUCACAUAUAAAUUCCAUAUAUAUGUAUCCAUCCUACCACCUCUGUCAUAACUUGAAAGUUUCAUAGAUUUCCAUAUCUUGAUUGAUUAGCAUAACAAUCAACAGCAAAGCUAAUGUUGAAAGUAUCUUAAGUGUAACGCUUAUAUUGUGAUCAUUAAGCUGGUAUACCCCGGGGUAUUAUUGUUUUAUUGGAAAUGAUAUUAUAACGUUGAUUGACGUUAACGUUGAAACAGAAUUUUGGGAUGAACAAUUAAAGAACCCUAGCAAAUCCGUGAUUAAUUUUGAACAUAAUGCUCCAAAAAAGAAACGUUAACAUGUUUCCGUGUAUACAACCAGUAAAACCACUCUUUGUGAGAUGACGUUUUAAUCGGUAGUGGAGAGUGGGGUGAGUUUUGGUGAUCGGCAAUCUUUGCUUUCUUGAAUUUAGUCAUGCAGUACGCUCAGUGGCUACGUCAAAGGCUAGGAAGGUUUUCGCUGAAUGUGUUGCUUAAUAACACAUUAAGUAAAACCUAUCAGUAAUUAUACUACCUAGAAACAUAAAGGUUUCGUUUACAAAACCAAACGCAAUGCCGAAACUGUAACUGUUGAAAGAUGGAGCAGAGAAAGUGAGCUAUUGGAAGUCGGUCAGAUAAAACACUGUGAUGAGGGUCCAUCCUCUGUGGUGCUAUUUUAACCACACUUGGGUUCAAUCUAAAUGUCCCUGGUCACGUGUCACCAUGUGACCCCUUAGCAGACGGUUAUGCAAUCUAACGGACACGGUCAACGCUAGAACAUUGUUUCCUUGUCGCUAUAUAUAACAAUUAUGAAACAAGUUAUUUCAACUCAUAUUUAUCACUCUUGUUUACUAAGAUGUUAGCAUGCUGGGGGUCUUAAUGUGGGAGAAACUGAAGUAACCGGAGAAAACCUGGUCGCCAUAUGAAUUGCCAAACCAUCUUAAAUCCAGUCCUUUAUGCAGGUUAUAUUUUAACACGACGUCAUCAAGCUGAUCUGCUUAACUCGGCUCAGGUUCACCGCUGGUCUGGCUAUAAGCAGUUUUUGUUUGUGUUCAAAUGAAGUUUGAAGUUCAAUGGAAACAAGGUUUGUUCUCUGACGAAUCUUGUUUUUGUUUCACACCUGGUAAUGGUAGGUAGAGCAUGGUGACAUCAAGAACAUUUCGCAGACAGUUGUGUCUGCGAAAGUGACUGUUUUUGUGAUGUAAUCAUUUUGGUUGGUAUUGGCUUUGAUAAUUACACACGGCGAUUUGUUAGUGGAAAUUUGACUUGGGUUUGUCAUAGAGAUGAAAUAUUGAGACCAUUCAUUGUCCCUCUUUGCAGCAUCAUGUAACAGGCUCAACUUUCGGAUACAAGUUUAUGGAGGACACACAUGCUAUAUGGCUUGUUCUUUUUCCUUCAUGCACUGGUCAAUAAAGACCUGUCAAGCACUCGUGCACAGGUGCUUGAAA